CGUGAUCAUCAAAAAUGUCGUUAUAAUGAAAUGUGUUUUUUACAUUAAGUAAAAUCUGUGUUACAAGUUUAAGAAACACACGGGUUAGAUUAUGGAGAAGGAUUGUAACGCCAAAGUUCAGAUGCCGGACCUCUCUCAAGUUGAAUACAUAGGGGAAAUAAAGGAAGUGCCCGCGUGGGAAAUGGGGGUAAAAAUCACUAUAGGUGUAAGUAUAGAAUUAGUAGCAAUCGUUGGAAACCUCCUCAUGAUCAUUAUCAUCGUCCAGUCUCCGAAAAUGAGGAAUGUCACAAAUUACUACAUCUUGAAUUUGGCCAUUUCCGACAUGUUGGUGGGACUUUUCGCCAUAUGGAUUCACCUUGUGGAUGAUUUGACUCAGGGAUGGGUCCUUGGAAGUUUUCUCUGCAAGUUCAACCCAUUCAUGCAAAUAACAGCUAUGUGUGCUAGUGUUUUCACGCUAGUGGCAAUUGCAGGAGACAGAUUCUUUGCCAUAGUAUUCCCGUUAAAAUCACGAGUGACUCAGAGAAAAGUUAGUGUGAUCAUUAUUGUCAUAUGGUUGGCCGCCAUUGCGAUUGCACUUCCGGUUCUGUUCUUUUAUGCUUACAUGGAGAGGCCAUGGAAAAAUUUUGUUGAAAAGUACUGCACAGAAGUCUGGCCCCAAAUUUUACAGAGUGAUGGAACUUGUGAUCAAGGAAAGAGUUCCCGGAAAGCUUACUGGAUUUGUUUGCUGGUGGUCCUAAACUGGGUUCCCAUGCUUUUAAUGAUGAUUGCUUAUACCGUGAUAUUCAUAAAAUUAAGGAAAACUCGGAGGGUUUCUAAAACCGGGCGACUUUCAAUGUCUGUCGUCCAACAGAGGUCGAAAAAGAAGGUUGUGAAGAUGCUGUUUGCAAUUCUGGUUGUUUUUAUCUUCUGUGUGGGUCCAUUUCAAGUCACAAAGCUUUUCGAGUUCUUUAGGGAUGAUACCUCAGAAAGCCUACCAGACUGGUACAAUCCUUUCUAUUUUGCGGCCGUAACAUUACUUUACACGAACAGCGCACUAAACCCUGUGCUGUAUGGUGGACUAAACGACAAUUUCAGAAACGGGCUCAAAGGCCUCAUGAACAACAUUUUUCGACGGAAACGGAUUUUAACCAAUUCCAAUGGCGUCACGAGAAAUUCAGUGAUUUCCACUAUUCCCGACAACAGGCGUGAAUCCGAAGUCAAUAUUCUUAGUGACCUGCACAUUGAUCCAAAACGCAACGGCAAGAAAAACGUAAGUUAUGUGAAUCCAGUGUACGAGGAAAGAUCGUCUUCGGAUUGAAAUUAUCAAGAAACUUGUUAUCUGUAUAAAGAGAGAAAAACACACUUUGGCGAGCUACAGGUGGUGAAGCUAUACAUAGCUCACAUACGUCUUCACCAUGUGUGUUAGGAUCUACUUUUGCAUUGAAAUCGCAAAAUUUUCAAUCGGCACAUCAUAAUGAACACAAGCGAUGUCUAAAUUAGGACUUUUUGGUAGUAACAACAGGGAAUCACAAUUAUCAUUUUAAAGUUGUAUAUGAUGGAUGUAGGAGGUCUAUAAUCUGAGAAUCUUUGUAUAUAAUUUUCUUCGUAAUACGAUCAAACUAUCAUAUUUUUCAACCAUUUAUCAUGUCACUUUUCAAAUUUCUCAUAGAUAUCAUAAGUAACAUUUCACAUUUUGUUUUACAUUGUAAAUAUAUACAUGUACUUUCAUUUCAAUAUGUUUUGUUUUGAAAAAUAAGAA